AUGGGUAAAUCAAAACUUGCACCAUCAAGAGGGAAUUCUAUCCCAAGGCUAGAGCUUUGUGGAGCUGUUUUGGCAACAGAAGUUGCAGAAUUUGUGCUAGAACAUUUAACCAUAGCUGCAAAGAUCAGAUUUUUUGUGGACAGCAAAGUAGUUCUAGGAUACAUAAACAACAGAUGCAGGCGGUUUUACACCUACGUUGCUAACAGAGUUGAAUGCAUCAAACAGUCGACAAGUCCUGCCCAGUGGAGCUAUGUGCCGACCAAUCUAAAUCCAGCAGAUUGUGGUACUAGAGGAGUUGCUGCUGAAAAUCUGAUGUCAAGCUCCUGGCUUGUGGGACCACUUUUCUCCGGAAGUGCGGAAAAUAAGGUGCCAUAUUGCUUAGUGAACCCUGAUGAAAACAAAGAAGUGAGACCAGAGGUGACGACUAUGGCAACAAAUGUUACAGAGAAGACUAAACUUGGCACUGCAAGAUUCUCAAGGUUUUCAUCAUGGACCCGUCUUUUGAUAGCACUUUCCUGCAUAAAGCACAUUGCCAAUAGUUUCCUCUCCCGUGAAAACAAGUCAGACUGUACUGGAUGGCAUGUGUGUUCCAAUUCACAGGACGUUUCUCACCACAGACAAGCUGCAGUGAUUAUCUUGAGCGAGGUACAGAAAGAACAUUACGCAGAUGAGUAUACGUCAUUGGAGAGGGGGAGACAACUUCACCCAAGCAGUCCAAUUGGCAACUUAUCUCCGUUCCUUGAUGAGCAAAAGGUCAUGCGAGUAGGAGGGCGACUGAAGUUCGCUGAUUUGCCCCAUAUAGAGAAGCACCCGGUCAUUCUCCCCGGAAGUCAUCAUGUAGCAUGCCUACUGGUUGAACAUGUCCACAGAAAGGUACGUCAUCAGGGACGCCACUUCACUGAGGGUGCUGUACGUGCUGCUGGAUAUUGGAUUGUAGGAGGGAAAAGGCUUAUUUCCUCAGUAAUUCAUCAUUGCAUCACAUGCCGUAAACUACGUGGAUCGUUUGAGAUCCAGAAAAUGGCAGACCUGCCUAGAGACCGUCUAACCAUUGCACCCCCCUUUUCCUAUGUUGGUGUUGACACCUUUGGCCCAUGGCAAGUUAUCAGCAGGAAAACUCGUUCUAGUCAAGCAUCCAGCAAACGAUGGGCCAUCAUUUUCACAUGUUUAGCAGUGAGAGCCAUUCACAUUAAAGUUGUGGAUGAAUUAUCAUCAUCAGCAUUUACGAAUGCAUUGCGUCGCUUUAUUGCUAUUCGUGGACCUGUCAAGGAAUUCCGGUCAGAUCGGGGCACCAAUUUCACAGGAGCAAUAGACCUUCUUGAGAUAAACUCAAUGAGUGUGGAGCAAAAAGCCUUCCGCAAGUUCUUGAAUGAUAGUGAGAUCAUUUGGCGCUUCAACCCACCACAUAGCUCUCAUUUCGGAGGUAUCUGGGAGCGCAUGAUUGGUGUUUCCAGUAGAAUUCUUAAGCAAAUGCUCAUGAACGUGCCACAUUUAACACACGAUGUGUUAGUCACAUUCAUGGCCGAAGUAUGUGCGAUUGUGAAUUCCCGCCCUAUUACACCUGUGUCCAGCGACCCGGAGAAUCCUGAAAUCCUCACUCCAGCCAUUCUACUUACACAAAAGUCAGGUUCCGUAACAUAUUGUGCAGCAGAGCCUGGGACCUUGGAUACCAAAGACAUGUACCGGCAGCAGUGGAGGCAAGUGCGACAUCUAUCUGAGACAUUUUGGGCCCGAUGGAAAAAGGAGUAUCUUCCCACUCUGCAAAAACGUCAUAAGUGGACCCAUGAGAGUGAAAGUGUCUCCGUGGGAGAUGUCGUGCUGUUAAAAGAAAAGCUGAAACAUCGUACCGAAUGGCCAAUUGGAAGAGUGCUGGAAGUCUUCCCGAGUGAGGAUGGGAAGAGUACGAUCCGUGUAGUUACGCGUCACCGGUGA